GCGCUGCAGGUGAGGCCCCGAGAUGCACGGAGAAGGCGGAGCCGGCAGCAGGGAGGUCUGCUGGGGCCCGGGCCCGACCGCAGGCGCAGGGGGCUGGCCGACGCGCAGCGCAGGGGGACGGAGGGGACCCGGGCCGAGCAGGACCUGACGUGUUUGAACUUUGCUCACUGCCCAGGGACUGCCCGUGCUGCAGGAGGAAGACGCCGCCAGCUAGCUGAAGAAUCUGAAGCUGCGGGCUCCGCCGGGCACGCACGGGGCCCGUGGUGUGCUAACUCUGACCUUAGUGUGACUACUUUUCCAGGAAACCGAGGUAGCCAAGCGCCCGGGGGCUGCCACUAGACUUGUGAAUUAUUUGGACAGCAGCCCACUAGAAAGGGAACGAACAAUGUUAAAGUAUUAACUGAGUCUUACUUUUAUAAGUCAAGUCCCAGAAAAAGCCAAAAUACUUGAAUUUUGCAAAAGCAGCCGCAGUGAAACACUACAAUUGCUAUCCCCGUCAUAGGUUUUUGUGAGUUUAUUAUGAUAUACAUGGGCCAGCAGGUGUUCCCAAGUAUAUUUUUUGUAGUUUGUCAAUGUAUUGAUUACCAAGCUAUAGAUUCUCAUCAAGUGAGUAAGUUAUCUUUAUUUUAGCAAAGUACUUCCAUUGUAAAAACUUGUGACAAGAAUUGGACUGUCGAUUUACUGAAGAUUAAUGUCUCCUUUAUAAUAAAGUCAUUUUUGCUAUGUUAGAAGACACUUUGUUGGAAGAAGACAUCUGGGAGUACAAAUCGAAAAGAAAACGAAAACCAGCACAUACGAAUAACUGUACUGAAAAUAUCCCAAAAUCUGUUGAAAAACCAAUAGAUGGAAAAUGCCAAUCAAAACAAAAAGGAGAAAAAGCAAGAACCACAGAAGCUAAGGAGACGGUGAAAGAGUGUGAAAAGAGCCUGGGAGAAAGCCAGGCUAGUGCAGCUUCAAGUCAGAAUUCGAGUUGUGGAGAUGACAUUCCCUUGUCCCAGGACGGAGAGGCUACGCCAAGAAAGCCCGGUAGAGCUCACAAAAAGAGACAAGUGUCCCCCAAGAUCCGUCCGGUUUAUGAUGGCCACUGUCCAAACUGCCAGAUGCCUUUUUCUUCAUUAUUAGGUCAAACACCUCGAUGGCAUGUUUUUGAAUGUUUGGAUGCUCCACCAAUCUCUGAUGCCGAGUGUCCAGAUGGUCUUCUGUGCACCUCAACAAUUCCUUCUCAUUAUAAGAAAUACACUCACCUCCUGCUUGCUCAGAGGAGGGCUGGCACUGACCCUUUCAGUGGCUGGCUGCCUGUGCCAGGUGGGAAUUCCAGUGAGACCAAGCCAGCCUUUUCUUUCACCCACCAAGGAAAAUGGUCUCUGCCUCAGAGACAAACAGAAGACUUAAAAAACGUUUCAGAUGAUCCCUUGUGGAUGACACAGAAUCCGAAACCCUCUCAGCUUACAACUGAAACCAAUGAAAAGCUUUCCUCCUCUGCAAGUAUUCAGAUGUCCCAGCAAGCUCUACAGUCUACAGGAUUUUUUAAGGUUGAUCAACUGGUAGGAGCUGGUUUGGCUUUUACCGGGAAAGAAUCAGAUGGCCAAAGCACCUCACAACACGCAGAUUUGCCAGUACCAGCAAAUGACUUCAGCAGCUGCGAAAUCUCCUAUUCUCCACUCCAGAGUGACGAGGAAACUUACGAUAUAAAUGAAAAGCUGGAUGAUUCCCAACAGGACCUGUUUUCUACCACAAGUUCUAAAGAUGGCAGCUUAGAGGACGAUGCCAGCUCUCCUGAGUUUCAAAAUCUGCAUGGUCACUUACUGAGGAGCCCAGAGGAGAUCCACCCCAAAGCGAACAGCUUCUUAACUCAGGACAAGUACAGCGCUCUCAGUGAUUCGUUUCCUUUUAGCUCCCAAGCUGAGAGUCGCAUCUCCUUCGAUCCAGCAUUCGCUGAUGGGUAUUUUCUGCUGUCCCCACCUGCGUCAGGAGGGCAGCUUCCAGCUUCUAAUUAUCAGAACACUAAAGCCAAACCUCAAGAGCCAGAAUUUCAUUCAUCUCAAUCACACAAACAGAAACAGGCAGUUAAAGAAUCAGCUGUUUAUAAUCACGCUUCUCUGCCGUCACUCAGUUGUGAGUUGUCAGAAUCGUUAGAAAGUCAGGGAGGACAGUGUCUUUCUUUGCCUUCCAGCCAAAGUAAAAUUAGCGAAUUAUCGGUUGAGAAAUUCUCUGCUAAGAACAGGGCCAACUCGGCAUGUGUCUGCAGAAAGCCCUUAAGUACGGGAAAAUCUAGUACCUCUGCUGCUGCUAAGUCUGCUUUGGAAAACUUGUCUUCUAGUCCUAAAGGUAACACAAGACAUCUAAGCAAAGUAAUGAAGCAAAUGGAUAUAGGUGUGUAUUUUGGACUACCACCCAAAAGAAAGGAAGAGAAAUCGCAGGAGGAAAGUGCCUUCUUAGGGAAGAACUUAAGUCCGGUUACAAGCCCUGAGAAAAAGAGGGCCCGGCAGCGGCGCAAGAGAAAAGCAGAGACAUCUUUAAGUGAUGUAGAAUUUGAUGCAAAGAAUUUAAAUGAGAGUCAGUCGUCUGUGGAACUGCCUGCUGAGAGGCCACAGCGUCAACGAAAGAGACGUAAAAAGUCAGAUUCACAGGAAGGAACCCAUGAGAAGAGGUCAGGGCACCUUAUUAACGGUGCAGCAUCUGAAUGUGGGACAGUCAAGGUAAAUAAAGAUAAAACCUUCAUAAAAUCAGCUCCUGGCAGGCGGCGGAGAGGGACCACCGACGCUUCAGCAUCACCUAAUGCAGGGGAAUUAAGAAAAAGGACGUGUCCAUUCUAUAAGAAAAUACCCGGGACGGGCUUUGCUGUCGAUGCCUUUCAAUACGGUGAGGUGGAGGGCUGCUCAGCCUAUUUUCUCACACAGUUUCAUUCUGACCACUAUGCCGGCUUGUCCAGAAACUUCACAUUCCCAGUGUAUUGUAGCGAGAUCACUGGCAGUCUGCUGAAGAGCAAGCUUCACGUGCAGGAGCAGUACAUCCACACUCUGCCCAUGGACACCGAGCGGGUGGUAGACGGCGUCAGAGUCGUCCUGCUGGAUGCCAAUCACUGUCCAGGGGCUGCUAUGAUUCUCUGCUACCUUCCCAAUGGCACCGUCGUGUUGCACACUGGAGACCUCCAGGCAGAUCCCAGCAUGGCGCGUUCUCGCCUCGCAGGCCAGAAAGUGCACGUGCUCUACCUGGACACCACAUACUGCAGCCCCGAGUACACCUUUCCGUCUCAGCAAGAGGUCAUCCAGUUUGCCAUCAACACCGCCUUUGAGGCUGUAACACAAAACCCCCGCGCUCUGGUUGUCUGUGGCACUUACUGUAUUGGAAAAGAGAAAGUCUUCCUCGCCAUUGCUGAUGUUUUAGGUUCAAAAGUGGGCAUGUCUGAAGAAAAAUAUAAAACAUUACGCUGCCUCAAUAUAUCAGAAAUUAAUUCCCUCAUCACUACGGACAUGUAUAAUUCUUUGGUUCACCUUCUCCCAAUGAUGCAGAUUAAUUUUAAGAGUUUACAAAGUCACUUGAAGAAGUACAGUGGGAAAUACGACCAGAUUUUGGCUUUUCGACCUACGGGAUGGACCCAUUCUAACAAGUUAAUGAGCAUAGCAGAUGUCACUCCCCAGACCAAAGGAAAUAUUUCAAUAUAUGGAAUUCCUUACAGCGAACACAGCAGCUUUCUAGAAAUGAAACAUUUUGUCCAAUGGCUAAAGCCUCAGAAAAUCAUUCCUACUGUAAAUGUUGGCAGCUGGAAAUCUCGGAAUGCAAUGGAGAGAUACUUCAAAGAAUGGAAGUCUGAAGCCGGAUAUUGAUGAUACCUUAGCGGACUCUCGAGUAGCCAAGUCCCUUGGGUGCAGCUUGGUAGCACUUAGAGCCUUAAUG